GCGCUGUUUGACUGUGAUGAAUGCAGCAUUCAGUCACUACUGAUUGUGGGCGGGGCCAGUAAAGAUGAUUGACACUGAUAAGAUCUGAAUAAAGAGGAAGAAACUGAAGAGCAGUCAGAUGUGUAGAGACACACAGAGAACAUUUAGCAUCAAGAAGAUCAACAUUCUCAACUCACAAUGAAGAUCCUCCUCAUCUUCACUUUCUUCAUCAUCUCAGGUGCAGUGAGAUGCUUCGAUGUGAUUGGAUAUUCUGGAGGAAGUGUUCUAGUGGAUUCACAGAAACCUUGGUGUAAAGACUGUUUUAAAUAUAUGACUAAACUGAACCCACACAGAAACAUAAUAAACUAUAAGAAACAUGAUCGGUGGAUUAAUGAAGGAAGAUUCACUCUGUAUUGUAACACACUUGAAAACCUGAUGAUCUACAUCAAAGAUCUGAACACAGAGGAUUCUGGAAGAUACCGGAUUGGUGUUGAUGGCUCAGAUGUUUUUGAAAUGAAUCUGUAUGUGAAUAAAGGUGAGUUAUUGUGACAAAAAUGCAGUAUAUACAGAAUAUUUAGCAAAGUCUGAUGUAAAUGUAUUUAUAUUCAGAUGGGUUUUUUGUAAUUGUACUGGUAAUCUGCUGUUUAGCUCAACAUCCUUAUUUCCCCACAAAACAAAAUACAUCAAACUCACAUUUUAUAAUGUAUAUGUUCUUUGUGAAUGACAGAUUCCUGUUGUUUCAUGUCCAUGUUGGAAGCAAAAAUGAAACGAACUGCUGUUAUUAAAUGUGAAUAUUCACAGAAUCAUUUUGGAGAUGUCAAGGCUGUAUUCAAAGAGAACAAAAAUUCCAUUGAAAUGAUUUACAAAACUAAAACCAAUAUGGGGAAAAAUAAAGGAGGAUUCAGUGUAAAUGAUUACACAGAUAAAGGACAAAUAAUCAUAACAAUUUCUGAUGUGAGAUCAGAAGAUUCAGGAGUUUAUUUAUGUGGAGUUCAGCGUAACAGAGACUCUUACAGUUACUCCAUUAUUACUGCUGUUCAUCUCAACAUUAUGAGUCAAGUGGGAGGGGUCAGAUUGAGUCGAUACUCAGGAGGUCACAUCAUCUUCAAGUGUCAUCACCCUCAAUACAAAAAUAACCCAAAAUAUCUGUGUAAAGAAUCAGAUGGAUGUUCUGAGAGGAAAUCUCCAUCAGUUCAGGAUCAAUGGAUGAAGAAUGGAGAUGUUUCUCUAUAUGAUGACACCACAGCAGGAGUCUUGAUGGUGUAUUUUAGAGAUCUGAAUGCUGGAGAUGCUGGUACAUACAGGUGUGGAGUGAAAUUAUCUCAAUAUACUGAGAGCUUCACGGAAAUACAGAUGGACAUUAAACAGGCGCUGACACACUGGUGGGUGAAUAAAUCUGUUUAUGUUGGUGAUGAAGUCAAUAUUAGCUGUCAGAUCCCAGAGGAACAUCAAGUCUCAAAACUCUUCUGUAAAGAGGAUGAAAAUCACAUCUGCCAAAACAUCAACACAUCUAAAGUUAAACUGAACGAUUUAUCUCCUAAAAGUGUUUUUACUGUGACCAUCAGUAAUGUGACAGUGAGAGAUGCUGGAGUUUACUGGUGUGGAGCAGAAACCACUGAGAGAGAUUUAACUUUCAUCUCUCUGACCACUAAAGUUCAACUCAAUCUGAUCAUGCCUCCAGUGUUUGGAGAUGAAGGAGGAUCUGCUCAGAUCAUCUGUCCUUAUGAUCCCAUCUAUAAAUCAAAGACAAAGUAUCUGUGUAAGAGCUCCACUACAGAUAGAAAUCCUCUCAUUGAGACUGUGAGAGAUGAGAUGAAGAUGAACAGAUUGACUGUGAAUGAUGACAUGACAGCAAGUGUGUUUACUGUGAACAUCACUGGAUUGACAGCAGAGGAUGCUGGGAAAUACUGCUGUACAGUGAGAUUAGAAACAGAUGUGAUUUAUCUUUACACUCAUCUGAUUAUUAUCAUGAACGAGGAGAUGAUCUUGAAUAAACGUGAAGGAGACGACAUGUCAAUCCAGUGUAAACAUCAUGCUGAAUAUCAGAAACUCUUCUGUAAAGCACAUGAACCCUCAAUGUGUGUAAAUGAUGGAGUUUCAUUACAGUCAAUGAGAGAUAAUGAAACAUCUGCUGGAGUCUUUACUGUAAACAUCAGCCAUCUGAGAGAAGAGGAUUCUGGGAUAUACUGGUGUGGAUCUCACAUCAUCACUAAAGUCAAGUUAAACGUCACAAGAGAUUUCUCUAUGAUCAUUAUUGUGUGUGUUUGUGUGAUUCUGCUGCUGACUGGAGGAAUCACUCCGAUUGUUUAUAAAUUAAGAUGCAACAAGACUCCAGGUCCUGGAUCAGCACAAUUACCCACAAUCCCCUCUGAUGAUCUUCUGUACACUGCUGUCAGUUUCCACAAGUAUGAAGAUUCAGUCAGUGACGUUACAGACUCGUUCAGAAAAGGAGGAGAUUUUAACCGACUACACUACUGUCAGUCGACACGCAAGACAAAAUUAACUUUUGUAUAAAAGAUAAAAGUGACAAUUAUAGGUUUUCAUUCCAAACAUUGAUGAGACACUUCACACCCUAACUUUCCCUCAUAUAAUAAAUAAAACCUCUUAA